AAGACCCCUAUAUGGAAAUCAUCUGUUAUGACGGGUUCGUAGGCGAUUAACCGAAAUAUCAAAAAAGCUGAUCUAACCAACGUGCCUUUAUCGAUCGUCGUUUCUGAAAAUAGUCAGUGGAUCUUGAAGUCGUGUAAAAAAAUGUUCGGUCAAGUUUUGCAUUCAACUGUUCCAUGACGUGUAGGGAUAGUGGUAUAGUGAUGGUAUGUUCAGCUAUCGGCGUUGACUUGUUCGCGACUCGACAUUUUUUUACAAUGAAGCAGUUAAUUCUGGCGAUAAUCUGUUAUUUGGUAUGUUGCCACGUACACGCUGGUGGUGAAUUCCAGUUUCCUGAACAUGAUGGAGUCAAGAGAGUUCUGGACUUCUCCGACGCGGACUUUCAACAGAUAGUGAAGCGAAAUUCCAUGGUCGUCGUGUACUGCACGAAUACAAAAAAAGACGCCACUGUAACCAGAGGUAGGGACAUGAAUAGGCAAAUGCUCGAGCUUACAGCUCAAGUUGUAGAACCCCGGAAUGUGGUUUUAGGAAUUACAGAUAUCAAUAAAAAUGAUGAAACCAGACAAUUUACAGGUGCUGAACAUGCCGGACAAAUAUUUGUGUAUAAACAUAAAAAGAAGAUAGAAUACAAAGGCCACAGAACUCCAGAAGUUCUCAUUGCUUUUAUCAUAAAGUUAUUUGAUGAUCCAGUUACUGUAUUACAAGGAAAAACAGCUAAGAGAAGUCUGGAUAAGGUGGAUCUACCAAAAGUUGUUGGAUAUUUUGAACAGAAGAGUAAAGCUUACAUAGAAUUUCAAGAAGCAGCUAAGACCUUUCAACCUACCAUACCAUUUUAUGCAUGUUUUGAUAAAAAAAUAGCUAAACAGUUGCAUCUUAAGAAGCUCAAUGCAAUACAUUUUAUUAGACCGUAUGACAAGGCAAUAGAGAUGACAAACAUGCCUGCCUCACAUCAAGAUAUAGAAGAUUUUGUGAAUGUACACAGAAAAGGUGGACUGAGAAAACUAAGAUUGGAGGAUAUCCAUUACGUGGAUGGAAUACCAAAUGAUGAAGACGAUGAUAUUGAUGGAGAUGGGAUACCAAAUGAUGAAGAUGGUGAUGAUGAUGGAAAUGGUAUUCCUGAUUAUAUGGAAAAAGAUACAGAUGGGGAUGGCAUUCCUGAUUACCUAGAUGAUGAUAUUGAUGGGGAUGGAAUACCAAUGAUGAAGAUGAAAGAUACAGAUGGUGAUGGCAUUCCUGAUUAUCUAGAUGAUGAUAUUGAUGGAGAUGGAAUACCAAAUGAUGAAGAUGAUGAUAUUGAUGGAGAUGGGAUACCAAAUGAUGAAGAUGGUGAUGAUGAUGGAAAUGGUAUUCCUGAUUAUAUGCAGAAAGAUACAGACGGGGAUGGCAUUCCUGAUUACCUAGACGAUGAUAUUGAUGGAGAUGGCAUACCAAAUGAUGAAGAUGAAGAUAUUGAUGGAGAUGGCAUACCAAAUGAUGAAGAUGGUGAUGAUGAUGGAAAUGACGAUGAUAUUGAUGGAGAUGGGAUACCAAAUGAUGAAGAUGGUGAUGAUGAUGGAAAUGGUAUUCCUGAUUAUAUGGAAGAAGAUACAGAUGGGGAUGGCAUUCCUGAUUAUGUAGAUGAUGAUAUUGAUGGAGAUGGAAUACCAAAUGAUGAAGAUGAUGAUAUUGAUGGAGAUGGGAUACCAAAUAAUGAAGAUGCUGAUGAUGAUGGAAAUGGUAUUCCUGAUUAUAUGAAGAAAGAUACAGAGGGGAUGGCAUUCCUGACUACCUAG